UGGUCGAUCUGGGCAGGGAGAGCGUGGCCAGACGUCAAUGUUUAUGUGGCUCCUCCGUGUCGGCGUAUGCAACAGCACCAAGGUCCCUGCAAUGUGAUUUUCUGACACCGAUCCGCCACCGCCGCCGCCGCGUUUCAGCUCGCCGUUUUUUCCCGUCCUCGUUAUGCCGCAGCCUCUGACAUGGGGCGCCACUAGCCGGUGAAAGACGGAAGAGACGGAGGAAAACGCCGGAAUGGCUGGCGCCUUUGCCUUCAAAGGCUGCCAGAAAAUCCGCGGUGCGCAGAUCAGGGGUCUGCUCGAAGCGAAGGACUUCUUCCUCUUCGACUGCGACGGGGUCAUCUGGCACGGAGAGAACGCGAUCACGGGCGCCGCGAAGGUGGUGAACGCGCUGAUCCGCCGCGGCAAAAACGUGGUGUUCGUCACCAACAACUGCACCAGGCCCCGGGAGAAUUACGUGAGCAAGUUCACCCGGCUGGGCUUCACCGACGUGAUGCUGGACCAGAUCUUCAGCUCCUCCUACUGCUCGGCCCUCUACCUGAGGGACGUGGUCAAGGUCCGCGGCCAGGUGUUCGUCAUCGGCUGCGAGGGGCUGUGCAGGGAGCUGCUGGAGGCGGGGAUCCCCUGCGUGGAGGAGACGGACGAGCCGGGCGCCACCAUCUACAACUGCGCCCUGGCUCCAGACGUGAAAGCGGUGCUGGUGGGCCACGACGACAAACUGACUUUUCUCAAACUGGCCAAGGCUUCGUGCUACCUGCGGGACCCGGAGUGUCUGUUCCUGGCCACCGACAACGACCCGUGGCACCCGCUGUCAGGCGGGCGCAUCCUGCCAGGUUCUGGUUCCCUCACCGCAGCCAUCGAGGUGGCGUCGGGCCGCAAAGCGACCGUGAUCGGCAAGCCGAGCCGCUUCAUGUUCGAGUGCAUCUCCAGCCAGUUCAGCGGCGUGGAUCCAGCCCAGUGCCUGAUGGUCGGGGACCGGCUGGAGACGGACAUGCUGUUUGGGUCCAACUGCGGCCUGGACACCAUGCUCACCCUCACCGGCGUGUCUCAGAUCGAGGAGGCCCAGGAGUACAGAAACAGUGACCUGGACAGCAACCGCAGCUACGUGCCUGACUACGUGGUGGACACCAUCGCCGACUUCCUCCCAGCCUUUGAGGAAAACGAGGAGCAGAACGAUUGACACGCGACUUGCUUCUGCUGCUCCAGUACCCAGGGCGCCGUCGAGUCUCGCAUCCGCACAAAAAUGUUACUGUUGAUGAUUGGGGUGGGUUAAAAAAAAAAAAAGCCGUUUAUGUCGUGACCAACGCACACGUAGGACUCAUAGCUGUGAAACUAUUAAUCCGUGCAUUCCUGUGUUUCUCCUGGUGUCGUGGCCAUUUGUGACCGUUUGGUUGUUGCUGUGUUUAAUGAAUAUAACUGCACUUUGUUCAUGAAGUCCACUGGUAGGGUUUGGUAUUAGGGUUUUGAGUAUCUAAAGUUAUUUUUGUAAAACACAUGAAUCUGGAAUAGUUCAUGUGUUUAGGAGCUGGUGUCGUUUAUUUAUUUAUUUUGUCCUCGAAAGGCUCGUGAAUGCAGAGAUGUUUUCUCCAGCGACUCUUGAAAGGUGGAGACGGGUAAAAGCAGCGAGAGAAGCGGCUACUGUAGGGGGAGCGUCCGCUUACCCGUCACGUCUGUGCUACGCUGUGCCAACGUCUGGGUGACGGUCAGCUCAUUUUAACGGUGGCCAGUGCUGCUGCACUGCUGUGGGAAUAUCAAUGUUGUGAAUGUUUUACCAUAUAAAGCAUGCCAGAAACGGUAUCGACAACAAAAUACCUGAGGAGCUAAUUAAAUAUUGUUCAUCUGAUCAACAGCGGUGGCCUCUUCUUUGAAUUGAUACGCUUUAUCGUCUGCUUUUUCAGGUUCUCCAUGUUGAUUAAAAACAUUUUCACCACACAAAUCGAAAUGAAUUAUUUUUAAUCCAUUAAAUCCAGCGGUUCACAUGAACAACAGUUUCAAGAAUGAAUUUGAAUUAUGAAGCACUUUUUCUAAAUUUCCCCUGCUUUGU